AUGGACCUUCAAGAAGCACAUCAGAAUCGACAAGGACGCGAGAUAGCAUAUGGACAAUGUUAUGAGCGUUCGCCAUGGAAGUCGCUGUACUUGCGAAAGAAGCGAAUCAUUUCGAAUUGGCGAUCCCGAGCAAUUCAAUCAAGCACUCUUCUAGGGGAUGACUAUUGUACACAAAUUUACCAUGAUCGUGUGAUUACUGGUUCUAAUGAUGGUACGUUGCGGGUCUGGAAUGUUGAAGAUGCUCAGCCGGCUUUUGCUCUAACUGGUGAUAAUGGUCCCCUCAUCUCGUAUCAAGUGAGUGAAGAUGGCAAAUACAUUGUCUGUGGCGGGGUUGAUGGAACGGUGCGCGUUUGGUGUGGUCAAACCGGUGCACAGCUUCAUGUUUUGCAGGGACAUACGGAUAGGAUUUCAUGUAUGAGUCUACAUGGGACAACUCUUGUUUCUGGAUCCCGCGAUCUAACACUCCGAGUCUGGGACAUUGUCGACGGGAAAUGCCUUCACAUUUUGGCUGUCGAAGUGUGGGUGUAUUUUGUGAAAUUUGAUGGAAAACGGGUUGUAUUUGUCGGCCAUGGAUUUACCGUAAACGUUUGGUUUAUACACACGAAAGAGUAUUUGCACACGCUGACGGGCCACACAGGGUUAGUCGACUCACUUUUGUUUGAGCCAGAGCGCGAUCUUGUCGUGUCGGGCAGUCGUGACGGAACUAUUCGCGUCUGGGAUGUGCAAAGAGGAACAUGCAUCGCAAAUAUUGUCUUUCAUGAAGGGUCACGGCUCAGUGGUUACUUUGGGAUGCAGCUUCGCGGAAACAUUUUGGCCUGCUAUUACGCCUCGGAAGUUAAGGUUUGGGACAUUCGUGAGGGUGGCUCGUGCCUUCACCACUUACCCGGCCAAACGUUGAACUUCAUCUCUUCAAUGCAAUGGCUCGACUCCGGACUUUUGGUGACAGGUUCGGAAGAUGGCUCGGUGAAGCUGUGGGAUGUGGACAAAGGUACCUUCGUUCGGGAGCUCGUUCGAUCUCGUUCGGAUGACCCUCGCGGUUAUUUUUGGAAUCUCAAAGCCACUGAAACAUUGCUCGUAUGUGGAGCCCAAUCGGUAGAGGAGAGAAAGAUCAUCUUGAUCGAUUUUGACGCAUCAUAUCCA